AUGCUGCUAUCCGCAGCGAACCGGCUGUACCUCCGUCGAAUCAUUCGCUGGCGAACGACGAGAGUCGUACUCUUUCUUUUCUUCUUGAUCAACCUUCUCGAUGUCCUUCGGAUUCACCACAAGAUCGUCGAGGGAGACCGGCAGCACCUGCUGCGCCGAGGCAGCGGGGCGGCGCGACCGCGCGAGAGGAUAUACAUUGCGAGCAUGCACUGGAACAACGCGCAGGUGCUCAAGGACUACUGGAACGACGCGGUGAUUCAGCUGACGGAGACGUUUGGCCCGGACAAUGUCUUUGUGAGCAUAUACGAGAGCGGGAGCUGGGACGACAGCAAGGAGGCGCUGCGGGAGCUGGACGCCGAGCUCGACAAGAGGAACGUGCCGAGGCGGGUCGAGGUGUCGGAUACGACGCACGAGGACGAGAUCAACAAGGCGGCCGAGGAGCGAGGGGAGGGCUGGAUCGAUACGGCGAGGGGCAGGAGGGAACUGAGAAGGAUUCCCUACCUGGCGAGGCUGAGGAACAGGACGAUACAGGAUCUGGUUGAGCUGAGCAAGAAGGGCGUCACGUUUGACAAGGUCUUGUUUCUGAACGAUGUGGUGUUUACGAUCGACGACGUGUUGACGUUGCUGGACACCAACGGCGGGAACUAUGCCGCGGCGUGCUCUCUAGACUUUUCGAAGCCGCCACUGUACUACGACACCUUUGCGCUGCGCGACAGCGAGGGGAAUGCGCACGCGAUGCAGACGUGGCCGUACUUUGGGGCGAGGGACUCGAGGAAUGCGCUGGUGAACCAUGUGGACGCGGUCCCCGUCACCAGCUGCUGGAACGGCAUAGUUGCGAUGCCGGCCGACCCCUUUGUGUCGUCGACAAAGCUGCGUUUCCGCGCCGUGCCGGAUUCUCUCGCCGCGCACCACCUCGAAGGCUCGGAAUGCUGCCUCAUCCACGCGGACAACCCGCUGUCCAAGACCAAGGGCGUGUAUCUCAACCCGAGGGUGAGGGUGGGCUACAACUACCCAGCCUACGCUGCGACGCAUCCGCCGGGCAGGUCGUGGGUGUCUGCGUGGGACAUCUUUACGGGGCUGUGGGAGAAUCGGAUCAGGAGAUGGACGGCGUGGACGCUUGAUCGGUGGGUGGUGAGGUCGAGGGUGCGGCGGUGGGAGAAGGAGAAGGAUGGGAAUCGCGAGCCGGGGGAGUUUUGCCUGAUCAAUGAGAUGCAGGUCUUGGUUGAGAAUGGGUGGGCUCAUGUGUGA